CCCGCGACCGAAGAAGAAAGUGCAAGCGAACCACCGGGGAGGGGAAUCGGAUGCGAGGGAUCCCUCCAAGGCCAGUCUGCAGGCCCCGGGGCACCGCUAAGGGGAUCCUCCCUCCAACAGAAGACUUUUCCUCGGAGGAUUCUUUUAAGAGCCUCCACUCCUACGACACCUCCCACCAGGCUCUGGGUUUGGCUUGUGAGGGGAUAGCUCGAGGAGAUCCCAUUAGGCAAAAAGGAGGAUCUGGCGUAACAGUGUAUCCGAGGAGCGAUCAAAGAUCUGCCCCCCGGAGACAGGAUUCCGCUGGGCACAAGGCGCAGGACAUGGAUUCCCGGUUCCGUUGGCUCUGGAGCAGCAGAGAUGCGGGGUCUUCCUUGAGUGCCAGCCGGCUCUCUAGGGAGUGUCCAGGAAGCUCCCCUCCUAAGCACCUGGAGCAAGGCAAAGUGGAGGCCAGAACCUCUUUGAGCCUAGCAACAGACAAGACCCUAGCAAAAACUAACCCACUGGAGGCAGAGCUGAAGGUUCUGAGGAGUUCCUCCCACCCCCAGUCCUCACAAUUCCUGCAGGCUCUGGAGAGGCCUGUCCAAAUUAUGAAUGAGUUGUUGGCUGAGAAUCAGCGGCUUCAGAAAGAGCUAAAUAACAGCCAGGGCCUGCAAGUACGUUCUCUGCAAGCUGAAGUUAAGCGGCUUCAGCAAGAGUUGCUGAAGCAACAAGACAGCAAGAAGGUCUCAGAAAAUCGCCUGGUGGCUGAAAAUCAAAGGCUUCAGCAAGAGCUGAAUGAGUUGGAGGAAGUGAAGAAUGUCCAGGAAGUUGUGAUAGCCAACCUGCAGGUUGAAAAUCAGGAUCUCCGGGAAGAGCUUGAGGAGUUUCAGAGGCAGCUGGUACCCAAGAGUAAGACAGAAGCUGAUGAACCACCAGUCCCGCAGAUGACAGGUACUCGAAAGGCCCUCUUGGUUGUUCUCCAUUAUAAGCAAAAGAACAACACUAAAUUAUUUGUUGACAUCAAGCCGAAAGUUCCACACCCGGCCUUGGUGGGAACUGUGCACGCCUGCUUCUCCAUGCAAGAUGGAUUCUACCACUGCCAGAUUAAUCAGGAUGCCGUGGAGUCUGUGGCAGCUACCAUCAUGCAGUUUACCCAAGACAGCUGAGGCAAGAUGCGCAACUUCUGAGGUUCCGUUUCACUGAUUUUAAUCUGCUUUAAAAAAAAUGUUUGUUCAAGGUCAUUGUGGAAAGGCAGAAUGUCCAUCUUUUAAACAUGGAAAGAACUCUUCUGACACAGUAGCUGAGGGAAGACCCAUCAAGGAGAAACAGUGCUGAAGAACUGAAGAGUCUUUUUCAAGCAGUUAGGAAGCUCGGUGCAAUACGUGUUGGGAAUACAGGCAGGAAUACUCAAUACCAAGAGCUUCUCCAACCCUUCCCUAGAGUGAAAUUUUAUAGAUGUUUAAGGCUAUUGGAGGAGGGAACAAGAUUUAUUUUGAUACUGUCUUAAUCCGAGGAUAGAAAGUUGUCAUUUAACUUAAUUCGGGUCAAUAGUUUCAAGCAUUAUCAAAGCAGAAUAAUCAUCUCCUGAGCAACUGCAAUCUCAUUCAUUUUCACAAAGGGUUUCGGAAUUAAUUCCCUCAUUAAAAUACACUGAACAGCCUGAGAUUUUAAAAAAAUGCUGAAUUGGGUUGGAUCCAACAGUUUCCUUCUAUUUAGUGAGUCUUUCUUUGGCAGGAGUUGAUUUUCUCUCUCCAACAAAAAAUUCUUGUUUGGUAUAAAUAAAUCAUCCUUUGGGAGGGCUCAACUCACUAUAUCAACUGUACAGAUGUGACGUGAAUGUAGUGACAGCUGUUCAAGAUGAAGAUACAAGAAGUGCAUUCUGUUUUGUAUGAAAACUAGCUUAUAUAUGGGAAGGCCAUUAAAAAAUGGGAAACUUGGUUUUUAA